UACCAAAAAGACAGGAAUUUCAGGUUUUGAGUAAAAAAAUAUUGCUGCAUUUGGAAGAGACGCCCAGAAUUAGACAGUGGGAAGUGUAACUCUAAGGUGCAGUAAGAGACUGAGAAGGAACACAGUCAUCUGCCUUAUACUGCUACAUUCAAGAAGACUGAAGAGUGAGAAAACCAGACCUUAAAUGACGAGCCUAACAUCUCAACAUAAAGAGCAUCCCAAGAUGGAAAAGAAGCUGAUUUUAUUUGAUACAGACUGUGGAGUGGAUGAUGCCCAGGCAAUAAUGGUGGCUCUUGCUGCACCAAAUGUUCGUAUUCUGGGGAUUACAUGCUGUAAAGGAAACACUAGUGUUGAUAACGUGUGCAAAAAUGUUCUCAGAGUCUUAGAAAUUUGCAAGAAAUCUGAGAUUCCCGUGUUCCGUGGUGCUUCUUCCUCCCUUCUUGCUGAGGCUGUACAUGCUGUUGAUUUCCACGGAGCAGAUGGCUUGGGAAAUGUUCCUGAUCCAAAUGCCCCUGGACUGGAACAUGUGAAGAAAGAACAUGGUGUAAAUGCCUUGAUAAGGAUGGCUACAGAGCAUGCUGGCAAGGUCUCCCUAAUUGCCACAGGACCUCUGACUAACCUGGCAUUAGCAGUGAAAAUGGAUCCAACUUUCACCCAAAAACUGAAGGCCUUGUACAUUAUGGGAGGAAAUAUGGAAUCUAGAGGGAACACAACGGUGUGUGGAGAAUUUAACUUUGUAAUCGAUCCUGAAGCUGCUUAUAUUGCUCUUAAUGAAUUUACCUGCCCUAUCUAUAUCGCCACAUGGGAAUUCACUUGUGAAAGUAAACUUUCCUGGGAAUUUUAUGAUGCCUGGGUUGGCCAAGAGACAGACAAAGCUAGAUUUGUGAAGAAGAUUUCUGCUCACAGUCAGAAAAUUGCACGAAGUGACCGUGGAGAGAAGGAGCUGGUUAGCGGGAGUGGAUUUGUGCCCUGUGAUUCCUAUGCUGUAGCUGCAGCAAUAGAUGAAACGAUUGUAAAAGAAUACAUGCAGUGUGGAGUGAGUGUGGAGCUUAAUGGGAAACACACCAGAGGGAUGUUAGUUAUCGAUACUCUGGAUAUACUAGAAAAGAAAAACAAAAUCUUUGUCAUGAAAUCUUGUGACAUCGAAAAGUUUAAGGCCCUUCUGAAUGCUGCAGUUAAGUAAAGCAAGAUUAUGCAGUGAUUCCUGCACUUCAGCCAACUAAUGUCUUGUUUUAAAUGCAACACUUCUCUGUACUGCUCUGUCAUUUUAAAAAAAGAGUAUGGAAAUAGAAAUUUUAGCCAUCACCUUACUUGCAUAUCUUUGCCUAUAAAUUCACUUUGCUAAUUCUAUUAAUAAUGCUGAAAUAUUGUUUCAUUUCAGUUAAGCAACUUCUGUUUAAACUGCAUAAAGUAACUGCUACCUGGAUCAUGACAGAAAAAAAAUGGAUUUUUCAAAGUGGUCUGACCAGCUCACUAGCAAAAUGCAAUAUAUACAUACAUGCAUACAUUUGGACUAACUUACUGGCUAGAUUUUGAUACACAGUCUUACUGUUGCUUGUUGAAGGGUAAUAAUUUGUAAGCUCUGAAGGGUUUCAGUCUGUACUUACAUAUUUACUAUAUGAAAAAAGCAGAAAAAUAGACAAAGUUCAAUAUGCAAAUAUAUACAAAAUGAUUAAAUGCUGUUGUCUUCUGAAUAGCAGCAUUCUGAAUUAACUUUUCUCAUAUCAGCAUUCAGUGAAUGAUUGCCAUUGUAGUUCAAACAAUAGGACAGAUUUUUCACAAAUUUAAAAAAUGCAAAAUCUACUGAAAUGAAUGUCAGGCUUGCAUAUCUUUAUACUGAUCUCUCAACUUUAAGUCAAAAGUAUGCUUUCCAAUGGCCUACUGUGCAGGUGGUAUUUUUGCAUCUACUGGUUUUGGCAGAUAACUCUUACUCUGUUUUUCAUUUUGUAUCUCUUUGAAAAAAGUUUUUUGAUUUACAUUAGCUUUUCUAAAGCUCUUUACUCCAUUUUUUAUCAGACAUUGCUAUGUGUUUUUCAUUUACUUGGUUUGAAUUAUCUUUUUCUAAAUCCUACAUCAUGAAUGACUGCAGUUAAUGCUAUUCUAAUCAGAUAUAUUUCAGACUGUUUCUGUGCUGCAAGUUACAUUAAAUAAUUCUACAGCCUGAA